GAGGAAAUCUGGUUUGGCUGACCUCUCCCUCACUCUCUCCAGUGUCAUUUAGCCACAAUGUCCACUGCGUUGCGACUUCUCCAUUGUUCGUCCAGGCCAGGCACUUUUGGAGCCACUCCUGGCCUAGUCCGACUGUUCAGUCUGUCGGUCCAAAGAGAAUCAUUCAAGUAUGUAAAUGCACAGGAACUGCCCACUGACAUGAAGUCAAUAACAGACCGUGCUGCUCAGACUCUGCUAUGGACUGAACUCUUCAGAGGUUUAGCGAUGACAAUGAGUUACCUGUUCCGUGAGCCGGCCACCAUAAAUUACCCCUUUGAGAAAGGGCCUCUGUCUCCCCGCUUCCGUGGUGAACAUGCUCUGCGCAGAUACCCUAAUGGCGAGGAGCGCUGCAUUGCUUGCAAACUUUGUGAAGCCAUCUGUCCUGCACAGGCCAUCACCAUUGAGGCAGAGACACGUGCAGAUGGAAGUAGGAGAACAACCCGCUAUGACAUUGACAUGACCAAGUGCAUCUACUGUGGGUUUUGCCAGGAGGCCUGCCCUGUUGAUGCCAUUGUCGAGGGACCUAAUUUUGAGUUUUCCACUGAGACUCAUGAGGAAUUGCUGUAUAACAAAGAGAAGCUGCUGAACAACGGUGAUCGCUGGGAAGCUGAGAUUGCCGCUAACAUUGAGGCUGAUUAUUUAUAUAGAUGAAUCACUUAUGUUUUACAACACACACACACACACACACACAAACAAGACAAAUAAUCUCUCUCUCUGUCUUUCUCACUCACACACAAAACACAUUACAUAUAUUUCAGAAACGUACUAUGAUAAUGUACACUAUGAGCUCUGCAGACACUGUUAACCUACCUUAUACCACGGUUUGGUUGAUAUUCGUAUUGUGACUCGUUCGUUAGAAGUAAGAGAUAAUGUAUAGUCAUUCUUGAAAAAUAAAUCAGGACAGGACGAACAGGACCCGACUGGCAACUGUCUAAUAGCUAGUAACGUUACAUUACAUUUGGGUUACGGGCCACAUUGAUUUUACAAAGCUAAGACUCAACAGAAUACUGGGAUAUGCUAGCUUGGCAACGAGAGGUAUGAAACUUACGACUGGGCUUUGGCCAUAGCAACCAUCUAUUUAGAAGACAGUUUCUCCUAGUUAAAAAAAGACUCAAAGUGUAGCGGAAAGAGGCAUUUGCACAUUGGGGUUUAACUCCGCUUCACGUAGUGGCUGCAUUAGCUACCAGCUAAUACGUGCAUUCAUUUGUGCUACCCGAACGUCUUGACUUCCAUUAUCCCUUACCUUACAAGUCAUACCAAAUGUAUUAACAAGCGUAAGGCUAAUAUUAAGCUUACACUGCUUACACUGUAAGCAGUUGAAAUAGUGAAAAUCAAGGAAAUCCGCACCAAUGUCACGUACACGCACAAUACAAUUAAGCAGAAAAUAUGCAAAACAUAAACUAAUGUUGUCUUUAACACUUGAAUAAAUAACUGAUCAUGUAUAGUGUGGUUUUGAAAAUUGCAAUAAAGUUUUGAACAUAA